UUGUUUCAAUUAUUCAUUCCAUAAAUUCUGUUCUUCAUAGCUGAGCUUCUCCUAGCAACUUUUAUAUGUCUGACUAUAUUUGCUUCACUAUAUCGAUCAUUUCCACAUCCUUAAACUCUCAUUCUUUUCCUUAACUUGGUAUGUAUAUUGUACCACCUCACUGGCCACUUCUGUAACUGAUCCAGAUCUCUACGAUCCCCAUGUACACUAGUUGGCACAAAGUAAUGCCAGAGCCAGACCUCUCCUUAAACAUCAGCCCACCCUUCAGCUCAGAUUCUGACGCCAAACAAAGCUGCAACGGAUUAACCUUAACCACCAAAACGCUUUACAACGAUAUAAGCUCAAGCUCAACCUCCGAUUCUGGUAGCACUGCAGGAAGCGAUUUAAGCCAUGAAAAUGGUGUUCCCCACAGGGACAAGGACACUGUCUACGACCUCGGUCAUCGUGUACCCACUUUGAGCUUAGGCUUCGAAACGGCAAAUUUGAAUCCUAAUCAUGUCCAACGAAAUUCUAGAGUCGUUCACGGUGCGAAGAGAAGCAUCAGAGCUCCCAGAAUGCGAUGGACUACAACCCUCCAUGCUCAUUUUGUUCAUGCGGUUCAGAGUCUUGGUGGUCAUGAAAGAGCAACUCCAAAGUCUGUGUUAGAGUUAAUGAAUGUUAAGGAUCUAACUCUAGCUCACGUCAAGAGUCACUUGCAGAUGUAUAGAACAGUGAAGGGCUCCGACAAAGGCAGCGCAGGUUAUGGGCAGACAGAUAUAGGGUUGAGCCAAAAGCCAGGGAUUGUCGAUCUGCAUGGAGGCUUAGCUUUUGAAAGGGCAAAUUUGCCACAACCGCUGCUAAAAUCCCAAAGGUCGUCAUGGCAAUCACUGAUAGAGACAAAUUCAAUAAAUUAUAUACAAAACCCCAUCAUCAAUUCGACGUGUUCUCAUCUCAAAGGAAACCAAACCACGGUGGGUGGACAGCAUUAUGUAGGCCUGUCGAAUUGCAUGGAGGAGAAAUUGGAUUCUUGCUCUUUGUCACGUUCGGAUACGAUUCUUGACCUAGAAUUUACCCUUGGUAGGUCCACUUCUAGUUGCAAACAGUCAGCACGGAAUCAAGAGAAUUAACUCUUCCAUCCCUCUCUAGGCCGGGUUGAAUAUAUUCUAAUCCUUUCCUUUGUCACUUAAAGCACUCCCCCAACAAUAUAUGGAGGAAGAGAGCAGGAACUAUGUAUUCGUAUCAAUGAUUUUUUAUCCAUGAUAUAUAUUAUGAGUUUUGUCUAGCUAGAAAAGGAGAUGAGGGAAGGGGAUGAAUCCUUGCUAGGAAACAUUUGCUUCUGUCCAAAGAAUUCAGAAUAGCCUUUUAUGUCAUUUUCAGUGUAAGGUAUAUGAGUAGAAGAAAUAUAAUGGCUAUUUCAGACAAUGGGCCAUGUGUGAAAGUAGAGGACCCAUAUUGAACUGAGGAGUCAAGAUUUGUGCAAGACUGUUAUAACAUCAUGCACAUUUGUAUCUAAGAGACUAAUUUUUAUUUUUUUU